CAGAACAACUGACCUUCUACCUUUCACGGCGACAGAACAUAGCGGCAGUAUACAUUUCAUACCUGGAAUUUCAACGCGAACCAUUAUACGUUAAAACGAGGAGCCCUUUGUGUUGUCGAAACCCAUAAGCAGUCUUUCAACAACAAAACAAAACAAGAAUAACCCAAAAUGUCUGCCCUAGAACACCCCGCUCGUAUGGACAAGGCGGUCCUCAAUAACUACCUCAGCCUGGAUGUGGGCUACGAGAAGACAAUGGUCGAAUACAUCUGGAUCGACGGCACGGGCCAGGGUAUCCGCAGCAAGUGCAGAACGCUCGAUAUAGAGCCCAAGGAUCCUAGUGAAUGCCCCAUCUGGAACUACGACGGGUCCAGCACAUACCAGGCGGAAGGCUCCAACUCUGACAUGUACCUACAUCCGGUAGCCCUUUUCCGGGACCCGUUCAGAAGAGGCCAGCACAAACUUGUCCUCUGUGAGGUCUUCAAAUACAACAACACCCCUGCAGAAACCAACCAUAGACAUUCGUGCAAAAAAGCAAUGGUUGAAGCCAAGGGUGAAAAGCCAUGGUUCGGAAUCGAGCAAGAGUACACGCUUCUCGGUCACGACGGCCAUCCGUUUGGAUGGCCAAAGAACGGGUUUCCCGGCCCACAAGGUCCGUACUACUGUGGUGUGGGUUCGAACCGUGUGUACGGUCGUGACAUCGUGGAGGCCCACUACCGGGCGUGUCUGUACGCUGGGGUCAAGAUCGCCGGAUGUAACGCGGAGGUCAUGCCUUCUCAGUGGGAAUUUCAAAUUGGGCCCUGCGAAGGUAUCGACGCGGGAGACCAUCUCUGGGUGGGGCGAUACCUGCUUGAACGGGUGGCGGAAGACUUCGGGGUCGUCAUAACAUUGGACCCCAAGCCAAUGCCCGGGGACUGGAACGGCGCUGGGGCACAUACAAACUUCAGCACAGAGGCCAUGCGACAGCCAGGUGGCAUGAAGCAUAUUGAGCAAGCCAUCGAGCGCAUGAGCGGUCACCACAAGCGUCACAUCGCCGCCUACGACCCCAAGAAGGGAGAGGACAACAAGCGACGUCUCACGGGCCUGCACGAGACCUCGGGCAUAGACGAUUUCUCCGCCGGUGUCGCCAACCGCGGUGCCAGCAUCCGCAUUCCCCGCCAGGUGGCUGCCGACGGAUACGGAUACUUGGAGGACCGACGACCGGCGUCAAACUGCGACCCUUACUCAGUAACGGAAGUCAUCAUUGUUACGGCGGUGCUUGGAAAAUAGACGCUGAAUAAGCGAGGAUCAUCUUUGAAAAAGAGAAUUGACUCGUUCAUUGAUUAAUGACGCAUACACAUACAGAGAACCAUUUGUUUAAUGCUUAAACUAGUCCCCGACGGGAAUUUCUUGUGAUCUCGAAUCCCGCUUUUAUUUUAGUUAUAUUCAUAAAAUUCGAAUUUGCAAAUGUGAACCAUGCUGACUGAAACGCAGGAUUACGUAACGUAUCUGAAACAAAGCGAGGGUAUGGAAAUAAGCAUUGCUUUCGUGUUGAACAUUAUCGAUUUAAACGUUGAAGAAACUGUAUAUAUUGAACUGCUUGAAAAUGAAGAAGUUGGGUGUCGUAAAUACCUUUUAUUGUGACGUAUCCAGGUUUUGUUCAAGCAAAUGCAAUAUUGUUUUUAACUUUUUUGAAGCGAUAAGCUUCGUUAUGUUCUUAUUUGAUGUGAUAGAGGCUUUUAGUGAUUUUAUCUUUUUUUUCAAUCACUGUCGUCGUAUUUUAAAUGUCAUUUUAUGAUUGUUAUUUCAUUUGAAGCAUACAUUAUCAUCAUCAUCUCUAUUUUUACAUUAUGCAUACACAUGUGGAUAUAUUUUAACACGGUAUAUUAUAAAAUGAAAAUAAAAGUGUAAUAUA